GUCUAUGACUUCGUGAAGCCACUGGGCAGUGGCACCUUCGGAGUGGUCCGCGAAGUGAAAUCCAAAAACCGAAAAAACCGAAGGGCGCCUUCGCAUUUUGCCGUGAAGACCAUUCCCAACACGGCUGACACAGAGAUGGCCUUGAUGCAAAAACUGGAGCAUCAUCCCCACGUGCUUCGCUUGGAGCACGUGAUUCUGGAAGAACAGGAGAUACAUUUGGUGAUGAGCAUCUGCCGUGGAGGCGAUUUGCAAAACUGGAUUGAAGAGCGCUGGGACGACGAGUUCACGGCCGGGACCAAGUAUUACGACGCGCCGGGCACCAGCGAAGUGGCCGUGCUGUCGCGCCAGAUGUUGUCGGCAGUGGCCUACAUCCAUCAUCUCUCCAUAGUUCACCGGGACAUCAAGCCCGCGAACUGGUUGCUGAGUGGCGGCUUCUUCCCAGUCCUGAAGCUUUCAGAUUUCGGCCUAGGGCAGGAAAUGACACAUCCCGGUGAGGUGAUGAAGAAAGCCUGCGGCUCCUCUAUGUACAUGGCCCCUGAAGUUUUUUCGGGCUGUUACACCGAGCUUUGUGAUGUCUGGAGCAGCGCAAUGGUGAUCUUUGAGCUGGUCUGCGGCAAGCCAUUCUUCGGCCAUCUCCCUGAACGGCAGUUGGAGCAGGCAGUCUAUGGUGAGAUGAAGCUGGAUCAGGCGGACUGGGAGCAUCAGCGACCUUGGCUGAAGACUUGGCUUCAAAGUCUCCUUGUGAAAGAGGUGGAUGGAAGGCCAAGUGCCAGCAAGGCGUUGAAUCAUCCCGAAGUACAGAAUGCCAGGUGGAACGGCAAAUGCAACUGUACUGUUUCUUAG